AAUCCUACAAAUAGAGGAGUCCUAUGAUAUUUCGCAGUAUUAUUUUGUAAAAAAUCAAAGCUUAUAUUGUUUGUGUUAUUGGUGUUAUAGAUAAUUUAAUAAGAUGAGAAGGUGUAUCAUCCUUUUGUUUGUCGCUCUUUUUGUUGAGUGUAAAAAACAGUUACCACCAUUCGUGGAACCAUGUAAUCGAAAUGAUCCGAAAAUGGACGAGUGUCUGGCUAGAAACAUAAAGAAUCUCCAACCAAGGCUAGCAAAAGGUGUUCCCGAACUCUACAUACCCCAAUUCGCUCCAUUGAUAAUAGAAAAAGCAGAACUUGAACCCAAUAAACAUAUCAAAAUUAGCAUGCGCAAUAUCAAUUUGUACCAUAUCGAGAAUUUUACUUUGAUCGACAUUAAAUAUGAUGCGAAGAAAAUGCAUUUGGAUUUAAGCCUUGAAUGGGAUUUGAUAGGGGUAGAAGCUGAUGCGACAAUGAAGGGGAUACUACUGAAUUUGAAUUUGGAUGCGAGUGGCCAUGCCGAAGGCAAUUUAACAAAUAUUAAGGCAUCAGGUUCACUAGAUCUUGACCGAGUAUACCGAAAAGGAGUAGAAUAUUUGACAAUUAAAAAGACCGAUCUAAAAAUAAUAAUUGGUAAAUACGUAGCAGUGUUGGAUGGACUUUUCGGUGGCGACAAUGAACUUAGCCAAAAAACGAACCAGAUUCUUAAUGAACACUAUAAACUGAUCAUAGAAGAAUUUACACCUGUUAUUGAACAGAUAGUUAAGGCUGUCGUUUACGAGAGACAUGAAAAUUUGUUUAAGAGAAUACCGCUUGAUGUAUUGUUUCCAGAAAAAUAAAUAUACGUUUUAAUAAAA